AUGGUGGAAUGUACAAGGUUACCCAGGCAUUUGCAGCAAGUGCCCACCAGAAAGAUUCCGGCAGGUGUUUGGAUGGAGCCUUACUGGCUUAGUCUUGGUGACCAAGCCUUGUAUUAUUAUGUUUGUACUUUGCUUCUGGGUUUUAGGGCUCACUGUGUGGCCACAGUUGUGGCUCCUGGGCCUGGUGGUCCCACUUCCAGAGUGGGUCCAAUACCCAGACCAACUGAAAUCUGAGCCCUUGGGGCCCAAUUUUUUGUUUUCUCCCUAUACGUCUACUAUCUCACAGGAAUCACUCCACGCCCUUACUGCCUCUGAGGAGCCAGGGGGAUUUGAUUACCUCGGGUCCUCUGUGCCUACCAAGAUGUUUCUUCUACCUCUGGAGUCGACUGGAGAGCUGUUGCCAGAUGAGUUAACUGAUCUACAUCAGGGUCUGGGCGACCAGGUUGCCAGGCAAGAGAGGCUCCCAGAGGUGGUUUCAAUGCUAGAUGGGGAUCAGAACCAAGUUCUAGCUUUGCCUCCUCGACUCGAAAGGAGGAUUGAGACUCCAGCUCAAGAGCAGGCUGCAGACCACCAGUCACUUUUACUUGCUCCACCUCCAGUGAGUAAGGGUUCGACAGCAUCACAGUUUGCUUCAAACCUGAACCUGAAGAAGGAUCUAACUCAGCACUGGCAACUUGCUAAGGAGGUUUUGGGAACUCGCUAUCAACUGGCAACACCUAAGCUUCAGAAACAAACCGUGGAGGAUGCUAAUGUAGAUCCGAGUGUGGCUAGAGCUGACCAUGAGAGCCUAUAUCUGGGAUAUCAGGAGAACCCAGAGGAGCCUCCACAGCCCUGUGAGCACAAGGAAUCAUCACAAUUCCAGCUGGAGGCCCAAGCUCAAAAUCCACAGACUCUCCAAAUCCAGUUUUCUGUAUCUCAGGGAAAAGCCCCAGGUCAACUCUCACAGCCCCCUGAGGAACUUGAACCUUCUUUAAGCCAGCAGGAGGACCCAGCUCAGCCUCCAGCAUUACCCAGUGUCACGGUACAACCACUGAAUGUGGGCCUUAGGAUAAGUCCUGAACUCACUACAGAGGCUGACCAUUCUGUGGCCCUGCAGAAAGCAUCUCCUGCUCUGAAGCAGCCUGCGAUGACACUUGUACACCCACACCUGACUCCCAUCACGUUUCAACCUUUGGAUGUGAAACCUACUACAAAUCAGUAUUCUGUAAAUUACAUGCCAGAAAAGGCUUUAACUGAGCACAGUGCCACCAGAGCCAUCAAAAUAUGUGAGCUCUGUACCUGUGAAAACAAGACCCUGUCGUGUAUUGGUCUCAGCCCAGUGCAGAGGCUGCACCAAGUACCUGUACUGGAGCCUGACACCUAUAGCAACACCUUCACAGUCUUAAAUCUCAGUGGAAAUUACAUCACUGAACUACAUAAGGAUUCUUUUGAAGGCCUGGUGUCCCUCCAGUAUUUAGAUUUAUCCUGCAAUAAAAUCCAGUUUAUUGAAAGACGUACAUUUGAAGCACUACCGUUUUUGAAGUUCGUAAUUCUCAAUCAUAAUCCUCUGACAACUAUUGAAGAUUCAUCUCUUUUUAAAUUACCAGAAUUAAAAUAUCUAGACUUAGGACAAACACAUGUGUCAUUUACAGCACUUGAGAACAUCCUCACAAUGGCUCUGGAAUUGGAAACACUGAUCUUACCGAGCCAUAUGGUCUGCUGCCUCUGCCAGUUUAAAAAGGAUAUUGAGGUUGUCUGCAAGACAGUCAAGCUGCAUUGUGACAGCAUAUGUUUGAUCAAUGCCAUGCAGUGUUUGGGACAAGCACCUACAGAGAACCCCGAAGGCACCUUCAUGAAGGCGUUACAAGCCUGGAAGAAGAGCACCAGCACCAAGCUCACUAUUGAGCCUGAAAAGACAUCUUCAGAAAAAACUGGUAUCGACUCAUUGGGCUUUAUGAAAGAGCAGCUAGACAUUAACGAUGAAAGUGAUAUUAUUAGUGCACUAAGUUACAUAUUGCCAUACUUCUCACAGGGAAAUCUAGACGAUGUAGAGUCAACAUUAUUACCAUUCAUUCAGCUGCUUUUUUCAAAAGUACAACACGGAAAUAAUACCCUAGGUUAUUUGAAAAACAAUACAGGAAACUCUUCUUUUCAACCUGUAUCCAACAGCUCGACUUUCACAAAUAAACUGAAGAAGCUGUAUUUUAUGCAAAAUUUGUUAGAUGCAGAAAUUCAUGAAAAAAUUGAUGAGGUGAAAAAGAAAGAGAAAACUGCCAUGCUUAUGCAGUCUAGCCUUUUUGGUCCCAAAUUCAGACGCCAAAUCUUUCCAAAGAAGUUGGAAAGUGCUCAAGCCCAGGAAAACAACCUGGCAGAGGUUCGGUAUGGAAGGAAAAGGCUUCAAAGACUGAAGAAGGUCAUUAGGAGAAACAGAAGAAAUGACUUCAUCCACAGCAUUUUGGUUCUAGAAAAUGCAAGCACUAGAGUUCAAAGCAUGGAGGGCACUAAACCAAUCUUACAUUCUGGAAAAGUCCACCACUUUCACAAAAUUCACUCUCUCAUGGCCCACAGAACACCCAAGACCAAACUGAGUGAAAAGUUGAGAGAGGAAAACACGCACAAUAAACUAAUGCUUGUACAGAGGCCUCAGAUUUCAGCAGUGAGGAGCUUUGACAGUUCCCAUUCAGGACGGUUUUUAUCUUCAGGAGACCUGAAUUUUCAGGAGAGUCUUGUCUCAGAAUUAUAUGCACCUUUAGAACUUUCAGGGGAACACACUCCUGUAGAAAACCAUGCUAUAGGAGAUAAUUAUCAAGGAGAUGAUUUUGCACUAAACAGUGUGCCAGAAGAAACUAUCUCUGAAAAGACAACUCAGAAGAAUCCUUCUGCUGCAGACUCUGCUGUGACUAGAUUCAGCCCAAUGCCAGCUGUGGACAAGACCAGGCAGGCACAAUGGGGGCACCCAUACGCGGGCACUGACUCACCCCCCAAAGACUUCACCUCCCCAUUGCUGUCAUCCCCAGGUGAUCAGUUUGAAACUUAUCUAAACCAGCAACUCCAGCCAUUCAUCUCCAACAAUGACAUAAGAAGGCUGAUUUCCGAACUCAUCUGGCGUUUAAAAAUGGACUGCUCUAAAGUCCAUGUGCAACAACUGGCCUGUGCCAAGCUCAUCUCCAAAACGGGCCUCCUGAUGAAGCUUCUCAGGGAGCAGCAAGAAGUCAGUAUGUCCAAGGCCCAGUGGGAUGCAGACCACUGGAAAAGUGAGAACUCUAUCAAUGGGAGCACAGAAGACCAGAGAGAAGAAAAGGAGCAGGAGUCAAGGGAGCUCACAAAAGUUCCAGGAUUUGACUAUUAUAAACUGAUCUUGCCAUUAUCCGUGAUGGGAGUAGUGAUCAUUUUGAUGCUUAUUUUCUGUGUCAUUAAGAUUUAUUCCCACAGAAGAGCUUCAGAGGAAACUGAAGAAGGAUACCCAAGGGGCUUCUCCCAACAUUGGCAUGGGAGAUACAACAUGGAACAUGAAAACAAGGAUGGCGUCCCUGGGUUUGGUUUGCCACUUUGGCUGAGGGAUCUGUACAGACCUAUCAGUGCCUCACAGGUGAAAAGGAUUGCAUCUCUGCUCCAUGGCAAGGACUCUUUUGAUGAUGAAGGAUGCAGGCAGCUCUGCAAAGUCAUCACAGAAGUGGCGCUAACAGAGUCGGCCAUUGAGGAUGAGGACAGUGAGGCACUGGAAGAGGUCGUCAUUCCCUGAAGCUGUCUUGCUCUAGCAGUGGUUGUAAAAUACUUUUUUACUAAUAUUAAAAUACAUAAAAUUCAUAACCACUUUUAACUGUAUGGUGAGAAAUUAAAAUGCAAAUAAUUAAAUAUAUGUGUGCAUAUAGCAAGAACAAGGGCAAAAAGUAUAGGGACUGAAGCUCAGAUCCUUGUGACUGAGAUUCGCAGUCAAAUGGCCACGGUUCUGGGUCCACUUUCCUCUGCUCUUUCAAGAACCAGUUGUGCAGUGGUGUAGGGUGGCACAUCCCUGUAGCCCUAGCACUCUGGGAGGA